UUCACCCCAGGACAAUGUCAGCAUGUGGGUGUUCCUGAUGAGCAAGCUGACAAACUGCUGCUAGCAAACUGGGGGCUCCCCAAAGCGGUCCUGGAUAAAUACCAUAGUUUGGGAGUAGUUCGUAUGUUCCAGUGGCAAGCCGAGUGCCUGAUGGUUGGACAAGUUCUGGAGGGGGAAAACUUGGUUUACUCAGCUCCUACAAGUGCAGGGAAAACUCUAGUUGCUGAAUUACUUAUACUGAAGAGAGUACUGGAAUCUCGCAAAAAAGCUUUGUUCAUUUUACCCUUUAUCUCUGUGGCCAAAGAAAAGAAAUAUUACCUGCAAGCAGUGUUCCAAGACGUAGGUGUGCAAGUGGAGGGGUAUAUAGGGAGUAUUUCCCCUGCUGUCCGUUUCUCUGCCCUGGAUGUUGCUGUCUGCACUAUUGAGAGAGCUAAUGGUUUGAUCAACAGACUCAUAGAGGAGAAAAUACUGGACUCACUGGGAAUAGUAGUUGUAGAUGAGCUGCACAUGCUGGGGGAUCCUCAAAGAGGGUAUCUGCUAGAACUCCUGCUGACAAAAGUUCGGUUUUUGACCAGAAAAAUGAAGAACAAACAAACGAACAUGUCUGGGCCACUCUCAAAUGGAAUACAAAUUGUAGGCAUGAGCGCUACCCUUCCUAACCUGGGUCUUCUGGCCUCAUGGCUAAAUGCAAAGCUAUACCACACAGAUUUCCGACCGGUGCCCCUUGUAGAGCAAGUGAAAAUUGGCAGCCAAAUUUAUGACUCUUCCAUUAAAGUUGUGAGAGAAAUCCAGUCUGUGGUGCAUAUAAAGAAUGAUGAGGACCACGUGGUGACUCUGUGUUAUGAGACUGUUCAGAAUGGCCAUUCUGUCCUUAUUUUCUGCCCAUCUAAGAACUGGUGUGAGAAAUUGUCAGACAUCAUUGCCCGGGAAUUCUACAAUCUCCAGCACAAGUACCUUCAAAAGAUGUCCACCCUUACACCAGUAGCCCUGGACACAGAAGGGAUAGAGGAGUUGAUAAGUCAGCUAAAGCAUUCGCCUUCUGGUUUGGACUCCGUGCUUCAGAGGACUAUAAAAUGGGGUGUAGCAUUUCACCAUGCAGGCCUUACAUUUGAUGAACGAGACAUUAUUGAAACCGCAUUUCGUCAAGGAGUGCUUCGAGUCCUAGUAGCAACCUCUACACUUUCUUCUGGGGUGAAUCUGCCUGCACGCCGGGUAAUCAUCCGAACUCCUGUGUUUGGAGGCAGAUCAUUGGAUGUCUUGACAUACAAACAGAUGGCUGGGAGAGCUGGAAGGAAGGGAGUAGACACCAUAGGCGAGAGCAUUCUGGUGUGCAAGACCACAGAGAAAUCAAAAGGAAUUGCUCUGCUCCAGGGCUGUCUCAAGCCAGUGCAAAGCUGUUUGCUGAGCCAAGAGGGAGAAGACAUUACUUCAAGUAUGAUACGGGCAAUCCUUGAGAUCAUAGUAAAUGGAGUAGCUAGCUCUCCAGAUGACAUCCAGAGUUAUGCUUCCUGUACACUCUUUGGUGCAAGUCUGAAAGACUUCCCGGACAAUGGGACAGAGCAGGAGAGAAAUUGCCAUGGUUCUAUAGAUGCUUGUGUGAAGUGGCUGCUUAAGAAUGAAUUUAUCCUGAUUUCGGUGUCUGAUACAGGCAAAGAAAUAUAUUGCCCAACACAUCUCGGCUCUGCUACCUUGUUUUCUUCCUUUUCACCCGUAGCAGCACUAGAAAUUUUUGCUGAUCUCCAGAGAGCAAUGAAGAGCUUUGUCUUAGAGAAUGAUCUGCACAGUCUUUAUUUGGUCACCCCUGUUUAUGAAGACUGGGCCAAAAUAGACUGGUAUCGAUUCUUUUGCAUGUGGGAGAAGUUGCCUGCCUCAAUGAAAAGAGUUGCAGAGCUGGUUGGAAUUGAAGAAAGCUUUUUGGCUUGUUCUGUGAAGGGCAAAAUAAUUACUAGAACAGAGAGGCAGCGUAGGCAAAUGGCCAUCCACAAAAGAUUUUUUACAAGCCUGGCUCUCUUGGACUUAAUAAAUGAGGUUCCUAUAAAUGAUGUUGCUAAGAAAUAUGGCAGCAAUCGUGGACAGCUUCAGUCUUUACAACAGUCUGCUGCUACUUAUGCAGGGAUGAUUACCAUUUUCUGUAACCGUCUGGGGUGGCACAAUAUGGAACAAUUGCUCUCCCAGUUUCAGAGUCGUCUCACGUUUGGAAUCCAGAGAGAACUCUGUGAUCUUGUCCGGAUAUCUCUGUUAAAUGCACAGUGUGCUAGAGCUCUUUAUAAGGCUGGUUUUGUCACGGUCGCUGAUGUCGCCAAAGGGAAUAUUGCCGAGGUGGAAAAUGCCUUCAGGAAUGCAGCACCUUUCAGAAGUCGUAAGGCAGUGGAUGAAGAUGAACAGGCUGUCGAGGAACACCAAAUUACACCCCUUAUAUGGAUGUCUGGACUGAAGGGUUUAACUGAGGUUGAAGCAGCUAAUCUUGUUGUGGAGGAGGCUAAAACUCUCUUAAAGGAGGACUUGGCUGCUUUGGGAGUGCAAUGGAACCCCAAUACCUCUCUCUUAUCAGAUUCAUCUUGCACAUUUUCCAUAACAGGACAAGUUGAGGAAGAGGAAAAACAUAGACUGUAUGGGAAACAGAUAUCAAGAAAUAGCCAAAAUAUAAUUUCAUCAGAGAAAAGUAUCAAUUCUCAACCUGAUAGUGCAAAAAGGGUUAGACAAAAAAAUAAGAGGCCGUUAGAUGCUAGUUUAGUAAAUGACAGACUUGAAGAGACUCUGGUAGAUGAAACUAAGGGACAGACAAGAAAUGAUAAUGUAUGCUGUAGUGCAAGCAAACGCCUGAAUCUGAGGAAAGAUGGGGAAAGUAUGAGAGAUACCCCUGUAAAGCAAAAGUUGGAUGCCAUGAUAGGUACUGAACAGAGGACAAAGCCAGGCUUGAAAGCUACUUCAAAAAAACAUCAUGUUGCAGCUAGAUUUAAGAAAAAGGCUGGAAUUAAUUUAAAUCAAAGUAGGGAACAGAGCACAGUUGCAAAAUGGAGUAUGUCUUGGAGUCAAGAAUCAAUUAUGUGUAAAGUGCAUAAUCACCCUGAUAAUGUUCUGAAGCCUUCUGAAUGCAUCAGAAGCUGUUCUCCUGAUCUGUAUUUUGUCUUCAAAGAAUUUGAAGAAAGCUUCCAGUUGGAUACACAAACUGAGAGGAUAUUGCAACAGGAGGUGGCAGCUACAGUAGCUGAUAAACAAAAAGAACUAGUAGCAGAUUCAGCACUGAAAACAAAGUGUGCUAGUACUUCAGAAACUAGUGCUGCAUAUACAAUGGAUAAGCUAGCGUGCAGAAAAGCAGAACCGUUACCUGUUAAAAAAAACGAUGUAGCAGGAAACACAGCUUUAUUGCAUUGUAAAGUGAAAGGCGCUCACAAAAAGCCUACUAUGAAAUACCCAGAAAUACCAUUUUGCCUUGAAAGAAGCAGUUUUUCUGUCAUGGACUCCCAGUUAGAAAGCUUCUUACGGGACUAUCAGACUCCAAAUCUGGCAGAAGAGCAGGAAACUAUUGUUCUUUCAAAGGCUUCCUUUGCUCAUAAUCAGUACCUACCUACUGUUGAUGCAAGUGCCAAGUGCUGUCCUUUGCCUGAAAUAAAUUUGAAUAGCAGUGAUAGUUUGUUGUUUGAUGAAGACUUUAACCACAUUAAUGACCCUCAGGAUGUUCACAUUGGUGAAGCUGUUGCCAUGGGAGAACUUCCACUGCAGCAAAUUAUCCCUGCUCCUUUUAAAUCUACCUUAGAAGAUGAUCUUCCAGGUGAGCAGAAUGUGGGGUCAGUCAAGGGUGUAUCAAAUACCACUAUAAACCAGCAGCGACUGACAGAGUAUAAUGAUGAUUCUCUAAUGUUCUCAGAUGCUGAUUCUUUCCACAUAGCAGAAAGGCGAGAUAGUGAGUCCGUGCCUUGUUUUCGCAGAACCAUCCUCAAUGAGCUGAAAAAUCUGAAAGAUGCAGAUGAUGAUGUCAGACCUGAGAUUACUGGAGAAGAUGCAAAUGCUAACCAAGUGGGAAAGUGUGAUUUUUUAUUUGAUUUAAGUCCAGGAAUGAAAGAAGUAUUAGAUAAAUGGCCAAGCCCCACUGGAAAUAAACCUGAAAUGGAUACAAGAAGCAAUUUGAGAGUAGUGCUAUCUGAGAAAAAUCAAGAUUCUGCCCUAUCCUGUGGUCAGUGCAAAUUUCGCAAAGAUUUUAAGAGCAACUGCAUAAUUAGACGGAUGGAUGAUCAGAGUAAGACCUGUGGCUCUUUACUAAUCAAUGGAAAAGGAAGUUCCAUUUCUUGGACAGAUGGGAACAAGGUACGUCUUUCUCCUGCAAAGUUCAUGGAGCCUCCUUCACAGUGUUUGGAACAAUGCUUUGUGACACGUGCCGAAGCCAGAAAUAUGAACCCCACAGACAAAGCUCCUUGUCUUCAGCUCCUGCAGAACGCUGCACUUGAUUCACACCCGCAAGCAAAAAUCUUGCCACAUGAACCAGAAAAUAGCAGACAUGCUGAGUUUCCAUCUGAGGAUGACUCUAUUAUAAUUGAAGGUUUUUCACUGCAGUUAUCUCAAGAUCUACCAUCCUGCAGUGCUGAAAAUUUUGCUAUAAUUGAUGUGGCGAAUGAUAAGGCUCUUUUCCGAACCUUCAUGAAAGAAUGGAGCACAAAAAAGAGAUUUGCUAUCUCGGUGGCUUGUGAAAGAGCAAAAGGCUCCCACAGAUCAGCUAUUGGUGCCAAGUUCAAGCAAGGGAACAUGCACCAGGAAAUUCAGUAUGAUGGUGAUGGAUUUCCUGUUACAGCCUGUGAAGACCUGCUGGUAGUUGGAUUAGCUGUGUGUUGGGGUGGAAAGGAUGCUUAUUACAUUUCAUUGCAACAGAAAUCUCAUGAACAGACUGAAAUCAGUGCCAGUUUGGAACCACCUCCCCUGGAUCAGAACUUGGCUGCGGCAGAGAGGUUGCAGCAUCUUCAAUUACACCUGCAGGAUUCCAAGAGAGCGUUUUCGCUUGCUGUGUAUGAUUUCAUUCAGCACUACAAAAUCCUCUUGAAGGCCUGUGGCAUCUCUCUGGCAGGAUGCUAUGAGGACCCAAAGGUGGCGUGCUGGCUGUUGGAUCCUGAGUCUAAAGAACGCUCCCUUCACAACAUGGUCACCAAUUUCCUUCCUCAGGAAUUGUUCUUGCUGGACAAACUUGGAGCAGGCCAAGGGUGUCAGAGUCUGGGGCUCAGUGCCAGCGCAGAUAAUUCUGGACGAUACAGAGCAGCUGUGGAGUCUGUUCUUGUCUUUCAUAUUAUGGAACACCUCAAUACUCUGUUGCAUAAAGAUAACAUGCAAGAUACUUUUCGUAAAGUGGAGAUGCCAAAUCAAUAUUGCCUGGCCUUGCUAGAGCUCAACGGCAUCGGAUUUAGCACAGUUGAGUGUGAGACGCAGAAACAUGUCAUGGAAGCAAAACUAAACGAGAUUGAGAAUCGGAUAUAUCAGCUGGCUGGUCACAGUUUCUCCUUGACCUGUCCUGAUGACAUUGCUGAGGUGCUGUUUUUGGAGCAGAAGUUGCCAUUCAAUGGAGAAUCAAAAUUGCAAAGGGGCAAGAAAACAUUAGGUUACACUGGAAGGAAAAUAGCAAAUGGAAAAAUUGCCAAAUUAGGCAAGCAAUUCAGUACAACCAAGGAUGUUCUGGAGAAACUGAGGGCCUUGCACCCAUUGCCAGGCCUGAUUUUGGAAUGGAGGAAGAUCACCAAUGCCAUGACCAAAGUGGUGUUUCCACUGCAGAGGGAGAAACGUUUAAACCCUGUGCUGGGCAUGGAACGGAUCUAUCCUGUUUCUCAGACUCACAGUGCUACAGGCCGUAUAAGCUUCAGGGAACCAAAUAUACAGAAUGUGCCAAAAGACUUUGAAAUUGAAAUGCCAACCAUGGUUGAAGAGAGCCCACCUUCCCAGAAGGAACACAAUGGGUUCAAUUUACCCAGAAGCAGAUGGAGAAAGCAUUCUGUGCUACCACAUGGACAAAGGAGUCUUGCUGAACCCAGUGGGGGGAAAGUACCAUUUUCUGUUAGCAUGAGGCAUGCCUUUGUGCCAUUUCCAGGAGGCUUGAUCUUGGCAGCUGAUUAUUCCCAGCUUGAGCUGAGGAUCCUUGCUCAUUUGUGUUGUGAUAAGCGGCUUCUCCAGGUCUUAAAUGAUGGUUCUGAUGUGUUCAAAAGCAUUGCCGCCGAGUGGAAGAUGAUUGACUCUGAAGCAGUUGGGGAUGAUUUAAGGCAACAAGCCAAGCAGAUUUGUUAUGGAAUAAUAUAUGGAAUAGGAGCGAAAUCUUUAGGAGAGCAGAUGGGUGUUGAGGAAAAAGAUGCCUCCUGCUACAUUGACUCCUUCAAAUCAAGAUACUCAGGUAUUCAGAAAUUCCUAAGAGAAACAGUCAGGAAGUGCAGCAGAGAUGGAUUUGUGCAGACAAUCAUGGGGCGGCGUAGAUACCUGCCAGCAAUUAAGGACUCAAAUCCUUACAGAAAGGCUCAGGCAGAGAGGCAAGCUGUGAAUACUAUUGUCCAGGGUUCUGCAGCGGAUAUUGUCAAAACAGCCACAGUGAAUAUUCAGGCUCAGCUGGAAUCUUUCCCUUCAGCAGUAAAAUCUUAUGGACACUUGGAGAGCUCAUUCCAAAAAAGACAAACGGGAAAACCAGAGAAGAUAGAAAAGAGGAAAAUGAUACAUUCCGUGCAUGGAGGUUUCUUCAUACUCCAGCUGCAUGAUGAGCUUCUCUAUGAGGUUGCAGAAGACAGCCUGAUUCAGGUGGCACAGAUUGUUAAACAUGAAAUGGAACAUGCUGUAAAACUCUCCGUGAAACUGUCAGUAAAAGUCAAAGUUGGUCCUAGCUGGGGUGACCUGCAAGAGCUGGAGUUGUGAACAGGAAAUAGAAGUUUGUACUGCACUACCCAAUGCUGCAGCAAAAUGCAAGACGUCUCUUA